GGUCCAAACAAUGCUGCAGAACCCCAUGGUGCAAAACAUGAUGCAACAAUUGGCGUCCAACCCGCAGCUCAUGCAGCAGAUGAUUCAGAACAAUCCCAUGUUGCAGCAAAUGUCACAGCGCGAUCCCAUGAUGGCACAGAUGAUGACCAAUCCAGAGCUCAUGCGGACGAUGCUCAAUCCGCAGAUGCUGCAGGGACUCCUUCAGAUGCAGCAGGCCAUGGGUGGUGCCGGUGGCCUUGGCGGCAUGGGCGCCCUCCCCGGCGCCACGCCGGGCGCCACGCCGGGCGCCACGCCGGGUGCCACGCCGGGCGCCACGCCGGGCACCACCGGUCCAGCGGCCGGCGCGCCGGGCGUGACACCAGGCGCCACACCCGGGGCGACGCCGGGUGCCACGCCGGCACCUGGAAUGCCUGGGGCGGGGAUUGAUCCGGCCAUGAUGCAGGCUGCAAUGCAGGCCAUGAUGGGUGGCAUGGGCGGCAUGGGCGGCAUGGGCGGCAUGGGUGGCAUGGGCGGAGCUGGAGGUAUGCCCGGUCUGGGUGGUGCUGCAGAUGGCAGGCCGGCGGAAGAGAGGUUCGCCACGCAGCUAGAACAGCUGGCGGGUAUGGGCUUUCCAGACCGACCCUCGAAUAUCCAGGCCCUGCAAAUGGCCAAUGGGGAUGUGAACCAGGCCAUCAACUUUCUUCUGGGCGGCGAUGCCCCAUAAGUCAGGCCCGCCGUGCGACGUGAUCGAAGGCCCCUCAGGAGAGGCGAUCGCAGCGCAGGAGUGGAAUGAGAAGCCCAAUUCGUGAGAAUGGAGCUUCAGAGAUUGAUUGAAGAUUCAGGCUAGCCAAUAG